AAGGUACCUCUCAGAGAAACCCUUUGCGCAUCUGAAUCUGCAUCGCGCCACCUCGGACAUCAAGAAGCUAGAAGCUAGGAACAAUGCCGACACCUCUUGAUCGUGCCACCCAGGCUAAGAGCCCAUUCAUUGCAUUUGCCGCUAUUGUGACUGCAGUCGCUGCAUGGAGUAUAUGGGGUCCUGGUGAUAUCUUCCCCGCGCAGCCAGAUCCUACGGGUGAGCCAGAGACCUGGACAUCAGAAGAAUGCCGUCGGUGGCUCAAUAAUCGCAAACUUCACCCGAAUCCAUUGGCCACGUCGGCCGAGCUUGUGGAGCGAGUGAAGGCUAAUAUGCGACCACCGCCUCGCCCAUGAUGGGAGCACUUCGCAUCACUAUCAGUCCAGAAUGAUUCAUUUGUACUUCUUUGAGGGAAAGCGGGCGAUGGAAUGGCGUUAGUGGUGGUAUUGCCGAGCGUUAUGUAGCAAUAUGACUACGCUUAGCGCGCACUAUCGCGGUCUAGGGUGUAGAGGGUUU